AUUCGGGCGUGUUGAUAAAUGCAAAUAUCAAAUUGCAUGAGGAGAGCAUUUUAGAUCAUGUUAGAUCAGCGUGUCGGUUGGCAUACUGAAGUAGCUUGUCAACCGUGACCUUUCCCUUUUACAAAAUCUCAAAAUGGCCACGCAAACUGCACUCGAGGAGACUAAAGUGAUUCUUCAUCAGUUUCCAAGGCCCACUGCCAGUUUUCCGGUCGCCAACAUGUCCCCUUUCUGCCUCAAACUUGAGUGCUUUUUACGUAUGGCUAAAAUUCCCUACGAGAUAGACACUUCGCUCGUGUUUUCUAGCAAAAGAAAGUUUCCCUGGAUCGAGUACAAGAGCACAAAGAUGGCGGACUCGCAGUUUUGCAUCGAGUACUUGAGUCAGGAGUUCGGUGUUGACUUGGACAGCGGCCUCUCUCCCGAGCAAAACGCUGUCUCUACGUCACUCAGAGUAAUGCUAGAGGAGAAUACAUUCUGGGUGUUGUUGAAGUAUCGCUGGUUUGAUCCCGAAUUCAGCCCAAAACUGUGCGAAGAGAUACUGUUUCGAGUCCCUGGCGUUUUACGCACUUUAGCCUUCUGGAAAAUUCAGCGUCAGUUGAGGUCUGCAUUGUACGGCCAUGGAAUGGGUCGCCACACAGACGAGGAAAUAAACAGUCUGGCCGAAAGGGACCUGGGAGCCAUCUCUGAUUACCUGGGUUCUAAGAAGUUCCUGUUCGGAGACACCCCAUGUCUCUGUGACGCUGCUGUGUUCUCGUUUGUUGUGAACUUCACGUGGGCAAUGCCGGGGUGCCCUCAGGAUAAAGUGAUCAAAGAGAGAAUGAAGAAUUUAUUAGAGCACGCAGAGCGAAUGAAGGAAGCUUAUUUUCCAGACUGGGACCAACUUAUACGGAAGGAAUGAAAUAUGUGUAAUGAAACGGAUGGACCGGCCACGGGAAAAAAUACACGAAGAGGAUGAUGGGAUUCUUUCUUUAUACAAAUGUCGUACAGGGCCACCCCAAAGCAUUCACCAGUCUAGAUUCCACGGGUUAGCCAUUUCAAGAUUUUUUUUAAAGAAAAAUGUGUCCCCGACAUUUUUUUUCUCGAUCCCCGACAUUUUCCUGGACUCUCGACAAUUUGGCCCUCGACAAUUACCUACACUCCAGAAAAAAAACACUCCCAGCCGCUAUCCCCUACUUGCUAGUUGAUGACUGAACAGUGUAAUUUUCAGUGUAAUUUUGUUUGUACUUCAAUGGGCUCAAUUAACAUAUACUAUUAUUAGAAACAAAGACAAAACAAAACAAAUGGUGUUUAAACAAUACAGCGGUUACAAAUGUAGCUUUUCAUAUUAUGCAUACGUGCGGCUCUUUAAACUGUAUCCGCCUGAUCUUGUCAACCAAGGAGUCACGAGUAUCCCAUUAUCAAAAUAUUAGCAAAUUAUUAAAUAAGGCAAGCCUUGUAAAACAUAAGUACUUAAAUAAAAUGACGGGUGUUUCUGUCGUUCGCGAAGGAUAACACGCAGUAGCAAAUAAUAAAGAUAAUUUUUAUAGAAAUACAUGAAAGCUUAAUGCUCGUCUAAAGAUAUUCAAAUUGCCGGUUUAGGAAGCAUUAAAUCGUGCAAUAAAUUGAGCUGCAUGGCCACUAAACAAAUGCACGUUUUUUUUUUUGCUGAAACCCCGCAUGCUCCCGAUGAAGAACGACCAGAAACUAAAUGUGUUUUUUUUUCUUGCGUUAUCAUUUUUUAGUUUCGAGAUGACUCGAAACAAGUUUUUUAUCAUAGCUACCUGUAAGUUUAACUGAUCAUAGCUGACUGUCAGUUUAACUCAUCCUCAAACAAGAGGUAUUUUAUGUGACGUGACCUGUUCUUUUAACCCUAUGACGUCAUCUUUAGCUAUCACUUUAUACGCGUUCAUUUCGGGGAAGCAUCAAGGUUGCCGCGAUGGACCGUUUCCGGGUUUUGCUUUUGGUUCUCUAUGGCUUGCAACAUACUUCAGGAAAUUGCUACGACUCACCUCUUGGAAUGCAAAAUAAACAAAUCAGCGGCAACCAAAUAACUGAUUCGUCCGGAGCCCAAAUUGGCGACAAGGCAAGGCUAGCUUACACAGAGGGUGCAUCGUGGUGCAUUCUGGGAGCAAGUAUUGGAAGAUACUUGGAAAUCGACCUGGGGACCCCCCACAUCGUAUGUGGCCUGGCCACCCAGGGAAACUCUGUUGCUGACCAAUGGGUGUUAAGUUUUAAGCUGACUUUCUCACCGGACGGCAGUGUUUACAAAGAUUACAAGGAGAACGGCGAAACGCGGGAGUUUGUUGGUAAUCUUGAUCGUGACAGCAUUGUGCAGAGCACCAUCUACGCCAAGCCGAUAGCUCGAGUAAUACGCAUCGUCCCUUUGAACCACGUGGGCGUGGCAUGCAUGCGUCUGGAGAUCUACGGUGUGAUGAUCCAAUCAGGCAACGUAGCGUUAAGAAAAACGGCUUACCAACCGUCGACUGACCAUAGUGGCGUGGCGACUCGAGCUGUUGAUGGGGACCCUAACCCCGACUACCCUGCUAACACUUGCACCCAUACUAAGGGUAUGACUGACCCCUGGUGGAGAGUGGACCUGGGAUCCUCGCAACCAAUCGCUGAAGUCGUGAUUACCAACAGGGAUGGGACGUACGGUACACAGCGCCUGUGGGAUAAGACAUUCGAGCUUCGCAUAGGUGACAACGAAAAUAUCAUGAAUAACGUGAAGUGCGGAGACAAAUACGGGAUCCUUGCUGGUCAGAAGAUCUCUAUUCUGUGUAAUCCUCGGAUGAACGGCAGAUAUGUGGGAAUAAGGCUCAUUGGUUGGGAUGCGCUAACUCUUUGCGAGGUCGAGGUCUACACACGAGAAAAUGUUGCAAAGAAUAAAACAGCCUCCCAAUCCUCAAGUUUUUCUGGUGGGUAUGCGUAUAGAGCCGUUGACGGCGACCUGACACCUUUAUAUGGCAGUGGUCAAAUGUGCAGUCACACAAAUAACGGUGACGCUAAACCUUGGUGGAUGGUGGACCUCGGUACCAGUACACAUGUGACAGAGGUCUACAUAGUUAACAAAGAAGACAAUAAAGAUAACAGGCUUAGGAGCUUCGAGCUUAGGAUUGGGGAAGACGGAACACGCGGUGGAGUUUCUAACCCGAAGUGUGGUGACGUGUACGCGAUACCGGACGCUCGGGUCCGGUCCAUCUACUGCAUACCUGCCAUGCCAGGCAGAUACCUAACCAUCAAGUCUAAUGUCCCAUUGCUCACGCUAUGCGAGGUGGAGGUCUACACUACGAAACAAGCUUGUUCGUUUUCCGCGGUCGGAGUGUCAGACAAAACAGUUAUCCCUGAUGCUAGACUAACUGCGAGUUCUAAGUGGGAUGAUGAUUACGCUCCAUCGAAAGCUCGUCUGCAUUUUACUGGUGUAUGGGUGCCUAGAGAUAACUCUCCCUGGUUAAAGGUGGAUCUUGGGGCGUUACACGAAGUUUGUGCAGUUGCGACACAAGGAGAUCCUGAUCCUAAUGAUAAAGAAUGGACUAAGCGAUAUAAAAUCGAAAUAUCAACAGAUGGCGCCGUUUGGAGUUAUAUUAACAAAGCUCAGAUAUUCAGCGGCAACAGAGACGGGAUUAGUAUCGUCAAACACAACUUCCCUGAUCCUCAGCUUGCGCGAUUUGUCCAGUUUCUGCCAAUUGAAAAACAUAGAUAUUACGCCAUGAGAAUGGAAGUAUAUGGACGCCCUAAAGAAUGUUUCACCGCUCUCGGACUUGAAUCCGGCAGCAUCCCAUCUUCCCGCGUGACCGCGUCCUCUAAAAUAAACAACUCCCACGCAGCCAAUAACGGGCGCCUAUACGGAGCCUCGUCCUGGUGCAGCGUGACGUCAGGGCCUUCAGAAUUUCUACAGGUGGACCUGGGUUCGGUGUAUACGGUCACCGGGGUGGCCACCCAGGGUGAUGUAGGAAAUAAGUACUGGGUCAAGAACUACAGGGUGGUCUACAGUUAUGACGGCCUGCGGUGGUUGGGGUACAGGGACCAGGAGAUGCCAUCAGACAAGGUAUUUACUGGAAACGAAGAUGAGAAAUCUGUUCGUGCAAAUUAUUUUAAAGUACCGCUCGCAGCGCGCUUUGUCAGACUGAUGCCGACGGCAAGAAAAGGCGCAAACUGCGUGCGGAUGGAGUUAUAUGGAUGCAGCACAUACAUUAUCCCUGUGAUCGAGCCAAUCAGCGAUCAAACACUACCCACAUCACGCGAUGGCCAUACCGAUAUCACGUGCUCUGCACGUGGCUACGGUAGCCUAAUAGGUUUUGAAUGGUAUUCGUCUGGGAAAGAGAUGACGCAACUAUCGCAGGGGAUCUCUCGCUUGCCUACACGAGCCACCAGCGUGCUUCGGGUCAACUACACAUCCGCUGAUCACGUGCUUAAGUCCUUCACGUGCCGUGCUCCUAGUGGAAGAGAUGUACCUUGCUCACGCAAUAUCACGUGCUAUGCGAGCUACCCCGGGUUGCCUGGAGGCGGGAUGGUUGCAAGUCACGUGACCGUUGGGACGACUCUAAGAUUGCCUAGUAACCCAAGGGAUGUGAGAGCUACUGAUGUGGGACCACGGUCAGCAACUCUUUCCUGGUCAGCAGUAAUUCCUGGUGAUGGCGAAGGCCCAGUAAUCUCACACGUGAUCAACUUCGUCAAUACGAGUGGUCCAAUCACGAUAGACUCUCCCCUACCGCAAACGAGGCUCCGCUUGACGUACCUUGCCCCGUAUACACACUACAAGGCCAAGGUCAGGGCAUCCAGCAAAGUGGGGAAUGGCGAAUGGAGCGCGGAACUAGAUUUCAGGACCAGUCAAGCAGCUCCGAGUGAGCCUCUCGGUCUAUCAUAUUCUCUGGGUAAACCUCAGGGAUUUCUCCCGCCAAUCAUGACAUUGUCAUGGCAACCACCAUCUCAAUCGAAUGGCAUCAUCACGGGCUACUUAAUCAUCUAUAACUACUCAAGCACCUUUGACCCUGCUUGCAAAGGUCACGUGACUUUCCGAGGCCCGGGCCAAGUUGAGAAGCACUCUUUGCUCAUGCGCGGGGCUUUCACGUACGUGAUAUCAGUACAGGCGAUAACGGUAGCCAUUGGACCUCCUUCUGUUAUUGUUACUAUUACUACACCAGAAUACGUUCCGAGCUCUGCGCCCGCGAACAUCACUGUCCUGCAUACAGCGGAUGGCUCCAAUCACACCAUCAUCUGGAAUGCAAUUCCGCCAGAACAAAGCAACGGUCACGUGACAGUUUAUGAAAUCACGAGUACAAGAGUUUUAACCAAUCAGUCACAAGCACUUGAUUAUUCGGACUUGUCAUCAAAAUCAUUCAACACAUCGAUGACGUCAGUUACACUACGCGGGCUUCCUGCGUGCUCAUUCUAUGACGUCAUAGUUCGUGGUUUUACCAAAGUCGGCCCAGGCCCGUAUAGUGACAUAAUGCGUCUCGAAACUUCAGAGCCUGACGCUCCAAAGGGCUUAGUCGUGGCGGGUUCCACAAAAAGAGAGGUCGACCUUGAGUGGACGGCACCCGACACAAAGGGGGCCUCCAUAGAAUGUUACAAGAUCUCUCUGCGUGGUUCCAAGCCAUACGAUUCAUCGUUUUCUGAUAACGCGAUUCGUGUUCUGAGUGCCGGAAGCGUGACGUCACACAGGGUACCCAACCUUGUCCCUGGUACCCGAUAUGACCUGCGCAUUCAAGCGGUCACCGAGUGUGGGGACGGCGAAUACAGUGCGACCGUACUUGCCGAGACGCUGAUAGAUAAUCCUUUGGCUCCUGUAGUACCUUACAUGCAGCUAUUGAACGGCACCAACACAGGGCACGUGAACGUCACUCUGUGGCCGGUGAAGCCUACAAAUGGACCGAUAAGCUUUUAUCAUGUCCUUGUUGAGGACGUGACAGACCAACGUGUGCGCAAGCGCAGAGAGAUAGCGAAAGAGUAUUCUGUCGCGGCUGAGCUUUCUGCGGAUGCUGUUGACCCAGGCGCAGUGUUCACUAUUGGUGACGGCAAGAUUUAUGGUAUUUACAAGAACAUCCCUCUGCAGAGAGGAAAGAAAUACAAGGUUUACGAAAGAGCUGUUACUGUAACACCAGAGGUUACACUAACGGGAAAAGAGGCAGUUAUUGCAAGCAUAUCAAUGCCAAAAGAAAUAGCAGUGCCGCAGAUGAAAGCUCAGACGAGCGGGGCACAGAUGGCGGCUUAUGUAGUUCUCCCAUUGCUUAUCAUUGCCAUUGUCGCAGCUUUAGUCGUCAUCUGGAAAAGGCGUAGGCGUAGGCGUAGGCGUCCCCCUCCAUCCAAGACGGACAGUGUCUUGCUUGAUCAGGAUGAUGACAUUUCCGCUGUUACCACAGGAGCAAUCGAGCUCGGGAUCACAUCUUACAUCUACGAUAAGGGUGAGCCAGACGAGCCAAAGAGUGGGGAUGUCCCCGACGCAUCUCCUGAUCUAGCGGACAUAUACAGCGAGGCAAUCAGUGAAGACACCCACGGACCGAUUCCCGUGUUACAGUUUGUGGACUACUUCAACCGCGCCAAGCAAAACAACAAUGCACGCCUUGAGGCCGAGUUCAAGAAAUUGUUCAAACUUAGCAAACACCACCCGUCGGAAGCAGCAAAGAAGCGUGUGAACAAAGCCAAGAACCGCUAUGCAAACAUCGUCACAUAUGAUCACUCCCGGGUGGUGUUAGAGAAACUCAGCAAUGAUCCACACUCGGAUUACAUCAACGCGAGUUACCUCAGAGACUACGAUGGUUCGCCCAAAGCGUACAUCGCCACUCAAGGAUGUGUGGAGCCUUCGAGCGGUGACUUUUGGAGAAUGAUGUGGCAGGAGAGGCGCUGCGUGAUCGUCAUGCUGACAGGACUUAUUGAAGGCCACAAGAAAAAAUGUCACCAGUACUGGCCCGACAGCACCUCUAAGUAUUGUAAUCUCAGAGUCACCCUACGUAAAACCGAAGUCUUCGCGGACUACAUUAUCAGGACAUUUGUGAUGUCCCAGGUCGGCCAAACGGAGGAGAGGUACGUCUAUCAGUAUCACUUCACCGUGUGGCCAGACAAGGGAGUACCUCAAUACGCCACCGCGGUACUCGGGUUGAGGCGGAAGAUCACGAAGGACUCACUACCUGGCGCCAGGCCCUGGGUGAUACACUGCAGCGCCGGCGUGGGAAGAACGGGCGCUUUUCUCGUGAUUGACGCGAUGCUGCGCCAGGCUAAGAAACAAAAGACGGUGGACAUCUUCAACUACGUGAAAGCCAUCAGGGAAGACCGGCCACACAUGGUGCAAACAUCGGAGCAAUACGUGUUUAUCCACUUGGCUGUCCUGGAGGCGCUUGUCUGCGGAAGCACUGAUAUUCCUGCUGACAAUAUGAAGGCCGCUAUGGCCAGGCUCUCCAAACUACGGACUCCAGGAAAUGUGUCGGGGUACGAGGCGGAGUUCCAGAGGUUGUCAGUCAUUGUGCCAUCAAGUGUCCCGGAUGUAGAUGUUUCGUCGGGAUCAAAGUACAGAAUUUCAUUGAUCGACAAAAAGUCUACAUUGAAAAGCCCAGCUAAGCGAAAACUGACUGCCUAUAUGAAUGCCAGUUUUGCUAAUGCAUACAGAGAGAAAAACGCAUUCAUCCUCUGCCCGGCUCCAUCGAGUGAAGACAUCACGAACUUUUGGCAAAUGGUCCUGGAUUUCUCAGUAGGCACUGUCGUGAUGCUGUACGACACCUCAGAGGGACAAAAGCGUUACCGGCAGUACUGGCCAUCACGUGACGCCAAGAGUUAUGGGAAGAUACAAGUUCAACUUUUAGACGAGGACGUGGAGUCUCAGAUUAUCACGAGGAGGUUCGUCCUCACCACCAAGGAGGGCGCGUCGCGGGAAGUGCGUCACUUCCAGGUCAUCGGUUGGACUGAGCAGAAGUUACCUGACAAGUCGAGUGUUCUCCGCCUGAUAGAGAGUACUCAGAGCUCUCAGCAGCAGUCUGGUAACGCCGCUAUUCUAGUUCAGUGCAGUAACGGCGCUGGUCGAAGUGGCACUCUUUGUGCUGUACUGUCCGUGAUAGACAGGGUGAAGGCUGAGCAUGUUGUAGACGUAUUCCAGGCCGUCAAGGUCCUCAGAGCAUCACGGCCGGGAGCUGUCGAAUCCCUGAGGCAAUAUGUCUUCUGCUACGAGGCCACAAUGGCAUUUCUGGAUUCCUUCAGCGACUAUGCCAAUUUUAGCUGACACUAGCAUGAUACUUUUACACCUUUUGCUUUUCAUUAACGAGAAAUACGCAUUCAUUUUAGCCCCCAAAAAAAACAAUUGCAUUUUUUAGGAUAUUGUUUGUCAUAAAGGGCUUAUUGUUUGUACGGAGGCGCUAACGUUUAUAAGAAGCAUGCAAAUUACUUUCACAAAAUACUAUUGUUUGCACUUGCUGUAAUAAAAAUGUUAAUGAAUAUUUCUUUCACUGUAUUGAUUGCGAGUUCUCGUAUUAUUGAUAUUUUAUUUGUGCUAUUGUUAUGUACCAACGCGCAAAUGAAAAUGGAUUUUUCAUUCCUGGUUGUCGAAUAGUGUAAAUGAAUGUUAAGAAAAUUCAAUUGUGUGCACUCAAUUAUGUAAAGUUCGUUAAUGUAUUUCCUUUUAGUUCGAAUGAUUUUACUUUCGCUUAAAUGACAGUACAUCGGCGUAAAUGUUUGUAAUUUUGGCUAAAAUGAAUGCGUAUUUCUCGUUAAUGAAAAGCAAAAGGUGUAAACGCAUUCCGUGCGAUCCCUUCUUGAUAGCCAAUAAAUCAUGGAUGCUUGCCACACUGUGGGAUCUUAGCUUGAUAUUACAUAUAUUAUAAGACAGAAGAAUGGUGUUCAGAAGGAUCAACAGCAAGAAUACAGCAGUUCUUUGAUGAGCGACUGAAAUCGAACUACUUUUCAAGCAACGAUCGCCCCCGCUUCACAGUUGAUAACAUCCCCCUCGUUUUUACAAAAGAAUCCACUGUCGGGAUUUCAGCAGAGUUUGCAUUUCUGAUUACUUCUUGUCGAAAACAGAACAAAGAGUUAUGUGAUCGUUUAACUGAACUUUUUUUUUUUGUAUUUUGAAGUUGUGCGACUUUUGAGACAGCGUAGGUGUCUCAACUCGAGAAAACGAUUUAUAAAGAAAACAAAGAAACGACUACUCAAACACACCUGCUAUCUCGUAGAUAUAAUUAUAUCUAAGUGGAAUCAAUUAAAAUUGCCUCAUAUCUCUUA